UGUGAUCAAACAAGAGAUAUGAAUUGUUGACAACUUGUGUCGAAGUUUGUCUUUAAGAGUUGUAUUUAUGUCCGAGUCCCUUUCAUCGAAUUGAGUUUGUCUAAUCUUGCUUAGCCAUCUAAUACUAAUUCUACACAAAAUAACAGUAACCAGUUUUGUUAUCAUCAUCCCUUUGUAAUUUUGGCCUUGUUUUAACAAUAAUGACAAUCUUAAAACAUAUUCUAUACCACAGAUUGUUUAAUCCAAGCAGGCCAUUCUGACUAUAUUGAAAUGUCAUAAUCCUUGCAAUAAUAUGUUAUUUGUCGGACUUUUCGAUGAUUUAUAUCAUCAUUUUCUACUAUCUGUGUUUAUGCUAAUUUACAUAACUUGAUCGUCUUAGCUAAUUCUGUGUGAACUCGCUGAUUGACUUUUUUGAGAUGGCUAAUGGUUUGGAUUCUUUCACUCCAUUUGACUUCAGUAGAAUCCAAGGUAUUUAUAGCCCCCUGGAUCAAGAUUAUGAGGAAGAAGAAGAAGCUGCAAUGAAAGGAAAACAACAAGAAUAUGUACCGUCCUUCUCAAUGGAAGAAUGGGGCGAGCAGAUUUAUCCUUCAUCUUUUGGAUAUGGUACUUACAAUAAAUAUAAAGAUCAAGAACAGCCUCCGAUUUCAAAUUGUUCGACACUCGACGAAUUCUUCAGUUCUUGUUCUCCUGCACCAGCAAAACCGAUGCAAGAAGUUAAAGAAUCCGAGAAUAUUGCGAAAUUUAAAGAUUUGUCGUCUUCUUUAGAGCUACUCAACAAUUACAGUAUCAAGAAAUUGAACGUUAAUCAAUUCAACAACGUAAGCAGCGGACCGAAAAAAUUGUCGACAGAAGAGAUUAUGAGGAUAGCUGGCGCGAGAUACAUACAGUUUUCGGAUCAGAGGUUCGAUGAUUUCUCAACGCUUAUGCAUCCUUACGGCUAUGCUCUUUCGGGCCUCUCGGGAGAAGAAACGAAAAAUGUGGAGCUCGCUCAUCUUCUUUUCGCGGCGGCUGAGAAAGUUGGCUAUCAGCAAUUUGAUCGAGCGAGCAGAUUACUUUCGCGCUGCGAAUGGAUUGCGUCCGAGGGAGCUAAUCCUGUUCAAAGAGUUGUUCAUUGCUUCGCUGAAGCUCUUCGAGAAAGAAUUGAUAAGGCUACAGGAAGAUUGUUCGUACCGAAUGUAAGAAAAGAAAGUUAUGCUGUAAAUUCAAAUCUUGCUUGUAUUAGUGUUCAUCAAAAUGUUCCGAUUAAUCAAGUUAUGCAGCUCGCGUCAAUCCAAACCAUAAUGGAAAACAUCGGAUCAGCGCGAAAGCUCCACGUGAUUGAUCUUGAAAUCAGAAGUGGAGUUCAGUGGACCGCAAUGAUGCAAGCUCUUGCAGAUCGCAAACACCGUCCGAUUGAACAUCUUAAAGUGACUGCAGUUGGAUUGACAAGCGAACACAAGAACAUAGAGGAAACGGGAAGAAGCCUGGAAAAUUUCGCAAAGUCUAUGAACAUUUCUUUCAUUUUCAAGGCCGUAUGCGUCCAACACAUGAUCGAUAUCAAACAGGAACUAUUCGAAACUGCGUCCGACGAAUCAUUAGUUGUUGUUUCGAACAUGUUUCUGAAGACUCUGCUCUCGAGUCCCGAGUGCUUGGAAAAUUUAAUGACAGUGAUAAAAAGUCUCAAUCCGUCGAUAAUGGUGGUAACCGAAGUUGAAGCGAAACACAAUUCGCCAAAUUUCGUCAACCGUUUUAUAGAAGCGUUAUUCUUCUAUAGUGCAUACUUCGAUUGUCUCGAAACCUGCUUGGAUCAGAAUACGGAGCACAGAUCCACAAUUGAAGCAAUAUUUUGUAGCGGAAUUCGAGAAAUCGUGGCGGCGGAUGACAAUGGAAGGAGUGUUAGAAAUGUACAAAUUGAUGUGUGGAGAGCAUAUUUUUCAAGAUUUAGAAUGGUGGAAAUAGGAUUGAGUGAGUCAUCAUUUUAUCAAGCUAAUUUAGUAGCUAAGCAAUUUGUUUAUGGAAGUAGUUGUAAUCUUGAUAAGAAUGGAAAAUGUUUGAUUGUUGGUUGGAAGGGAGUGCCAUUGCAUUCUCUUUCAGCUUGGAAAUUCUGUAGAGAUAGAUUAGGGAGGUUCCUUUCAAAUUAUAGAUUCUGAAAAUGCCUUUGCAUUUGUAAUUAUUGCCUUUUUAUUUCUCAAUUUGUUAA